AGGAACAAAUCACAGUCCCCACCCACUGAAACCCACAAAGAAUCAAUCUUUUAGGGUUUUCGUCUCCUAGCGGUGACCGACCUCAAAGAGAAGACGAGAGAUCCUCCUCCUCCUCUUUCGAAUCGAUUCGUUAUUCUCUGCGUUCAACUCCAGUUUUUCCGAUUUCAAAAUCUCUUUCGAGAAAACGAUGGGAAGAGGCAAGUUCAAAGGGAAACCUACAGGCCAGCGACGAUUCUCAAGCGCAGCUGAGAUACUUGCUGGCACUUCUGCUGCACGUCCUCGUUCAUUUAAGCAGAAAGAAGCGGAGUACGAAGAAGAUGUGGAAGAGGAGGAGUCUGAGGAGGAAUCUGAAGAAGAAUCCGAAGAUGAUUCUGAUGUGAAGAAGAAAGGACAUGAGGCUCUGAUCCAAGUUGAUAACCCUAACAGAGCAAAACCAAAGACUUUGAAAGCAAGAGACCUUGAUGCAAGUAAAACCACUGAACUCUCGAGGCGUGAAAGGGAGGAGCUAGAGAAGCAGCGAGCUCAUGAGCGAUACAUGAGAUUACAGGAGCAAGGCAAAACCGAACAAGCAAGAAAGGAUUUGGAUCGUUUGGCUCUGAGUCGCCAACAGAGAGAAGAAGCUGCCAAGAAGCGUGAAGAGGAAAAAGCAGCAAGAGACGCGAAGAAAGUCGAUGCUCGCAAAUGAAAGAAAACUCCUCAGAUGCGUUUGUCUUUACUUUGGUCGUUUUCGAUUGGUAAACAGGAAGACCUUUUGUCUGUUUACUCAGUAUUGUGUGGAUCUUUAUACAUUUGAAAGUUAUUAGCAAUCCGGUUGAGAAAGCCAUAAACAACA